GCGGACGAGGCCGAGAGCGCCCUGGCCCCGGGGUUCGAGGGCUGCCCGGGUCCCCCGCGGUCCCCGCCCUAGGCUGGGCCACCGCCCGCCCCCACGCCGGCCCGCGCGCCCGGCCCGCUCCCUCCUUCCCUGCACUCGCUGUCCCGCCGCUUCUGCUGUUGCCGGCCCUCCCGAGGGACCAUGUCGAGGUUCAGCUGGGGAUAUGGCGAGCACAACGGUCCUAUUCAUUGGAAUGAAUUUUUCCCUAUUGCUGAUGGGGAGCAACAAUCUCCGAUUGAGAUUAAAACCAAAGAAGUGAAAUACGAUACUUCCCUCCGACCUCUUAGUAUCAAGUAUGACGCAAGCUCAGCUAAAAUCAUCAGUAACAGUGGCCAUUCCUUCAAUGUUGACUUUGAUGACACAGAAGAUAAAUCAGUUCUGCGUGGGGGUCCUCUCACCGGAAGCUACAGGUUACGCCAGUUUCAUCUUCACUGGGGGUCCACUGAUGAUCACGGCUCUGAACACAUGGUGGAUGGCGUGAGAUAUGCCGCAGAGCUCCAUGUCGUUCACUGGAAUUCAGACAAAUACCCCAGCUUUGUUGAGGCAGCUCACGAGCCAGAUGGACUCGCUGUCUUGGGCGUAUUUUUACAGAUUGGUGAGCAUAAUCCCCAACUGCAAAAGAUUACUGACAUUUUGGAUUCCAUUAAAGUAAAGGGUAAACAAACUCGAUUCACGAAUUUUGAUGCGUUAUCUCUGCUUCCUCCAUGCUGGGAUUAUUGGACGUAUCCUGGUUCCCUUACAGUCCCACCUCUUCUGGAGAGCGUCACAUGGAUUAUUUUAAAACAACCUAUAAACAUCAGCUCUCAACAGCUGGCCACAUUCCGCACCCUCUUGUGUACAGGGGAAGGCGAAGCAGCAGCUUUUUUGUUGAGUAAUCACCGUCCACCACAGCCUCUGAAGGGCAGAAAAGUGAGAGCCUCUUUCCAUUAAAAGUUGUCACCAGUAGACCACCCCAGACGUGUCUGCAAAACAAAACAGACACAAAAAUCGCUACUAAGAGUUUUUUCCUAGAAUUUAAUUUAUGGGGUGCCAUUUUGCUAUCAGCAUCAGUACAAAGAAAAUCAGAUCUUUUUAAUCAAACUAAUUUAAGUCAUCUGUCUCAGAUCUGCACACUGUUGUGUAUUAAAACCCAUGGAAUACAUCUACUUCAACCUGCGUGACAACACGGUGGGCAUCGCAAACCUCAGAAUGUAUUAACAAUCUUCCCUUGCCAUAAAGACUGAUCAGUCACGUCUCUCAGUGAUGUUUGGUGAAAAAUUUAAAUUCAUUCCCCAAAUGACAGGAUUAUGGUGCCUUUUUCUAAACAAGUAAUUCUGCUUAAUAUCUUGAUAUCAUUCCAAUUCAUAAAAGGAGAAACCGUUUCCUUUUAAAGUGAAAUUUCAUUUGGAUUGUGUUGCUGAUUUUCAUUGUAGGAUACCUCUACUAAAAUGAGCGAAAUGAGAAUUAUAGGGGGGUGGGAUAUAGUAAAGCAUCUCUUCCGCAGCUCAGAAAGAGUCCAUAGAAUUUUGGCGAGGAAUUUCCCAGGAUAUAAAUGGCUAUUUAAACUUUAGUGACUUAUGCCAUAUAUCUUAUUCACUCGGUGAUGUGCAUGAUAAACUGGAUAAUAAUUGAUCAGAUACAGUGGUUGUCAGUGUAUUGCAUUACCAUGGUUUGAAACUAACAAGAUUACAAGGUACCAGUGCAGGCAGAGCUGCCCAUGGGCAUGAGAAACAGGUUGCCUGAUUUUGCCCUGCGUUUUGCCAACAGAGCACAGAGCAGUCCUGUGAAGGUCAUUAUUUUGUCAAUUGAUGGGGAAAAAUUACUUGUUUCAUAGAUAUAAUCAGUCACAAACCCUUUAACUCAUUUCCAUGGCAGCACCCGUUUCCCCUUAUGUGUCCCUCCAUCUCUUGAGGAAUUUUGUAAGUUGGUUCUUGAUAUUCACUUUAACCUAUUGUCUCUUGUAUGUUUUUCUUGUUUUUGGUGAAGGAGGAUGGGGGAGGUCCUUCUGCUCUUUCUGGUACAAAUACAGUGACACUAAGCAUUCACUUAAUAAUCAUGUUUAAGACUUGAACACAUGCUACACAUCUGUCAUCUUCUGAGAGAAGUUUAAUUGAGUUUACUUAAUUUUGAUGAUUUGUUUCAGACACCUCUCUUCCUCUGAAUGUAGAUUUUAAUAUUUGGAAGUAUUCCAUGACAGUCUUCUUCUUCUUCUUUUUGUUGCCGCACCCCAUGGCUUGUGGGAUCUUAGUUCCCCGGCCACUGAUCAAACCCGGGCCCAUAGCAGUGAAAGCACUGAGUCGUAACCACUGGGCCACCAGGGAAUUCCUUGUGAUAGUCUUCUUGAUAGGAUCACCGAUUAUCAUAAAUUGUGAAAUAAUGAUAGAUAUGGUUGCAUUAAGAUGAGUUCCUGAAGAUGAAAGCUCCUUUGGUUUUCAUUUCCCCUUCAUGGUAUCUAGCUUGAGGCCUUGCAGGAGAUUGACAUGUAGUAAAUAUUUAAUUAAUUGAAUAUUUAAAAAACUUUAUUUUGUGUCUUUGGUCAUUAUCUUGCUGCUUGCAGUCAAAUGCACUGUAAGUUCAUGUAACAAGUAAAGUGCAAGCUCUGUCUUGAAAAUUGUUUUUCUUUUUAAAGGAAUACUUGUUAAAUCUACCUGUGUAACCAGAGUUCUAAUGGCUUUAAAAAUAUCAGCGUUGAAUGAAUUUCUUUAGUUUGGAAAACAUGUUGUGAAGUAUCCUAGUCAGAGAAAGAAGUCUGUUUUCUCAGAGAAAAUAAGUAGCAUGCAGAAUGGGGGUUCUAAUUACUGAGUAUAAGCGUUGCCACUUUGUAAUUCAUGGUUUCUGCUACGGUAAGUAUUCCAUCGGUUCCAUGCUACAAAUUGGACUUUAGUACACUAAAAAAGUCAACACAGCCCUGAUUUCCUUGAAGAUUGCUAAUUUAUAUCUCAGAGGCAAAAGGUCUAAGUGUUAUCUUAGAAAAGUUAUCUUUUGAAAAGAUCAAAGAGUUGUAAAUACUAGCAUACAUAAUCUUUUGUUUCCCACCUAUAUUGGAUUUAUAUUUGUUAAGCACUUUGUAUUUUAACUUAAACUGGAUUCAACCACAAUAAAGAUAACGAGAGAAACUUUGAACUUGUAUAUAAAAGAUACAGAAUGAGAUUACAUUUUUAUGUUUUUUAUUUAGAAAACAAUUUCAAACUCACAGAAAAAAAUGCAAACACAAUUUUUCCCCCGAACAAUUUGAGAGUAAAUUGCCAACCUGUUACUGCAUCAGCGUGUAUUUUCACAAAGUUAGGACAUUAUCCUACAGAACCACAGUGCAGCUAAAACAACCAUGAGAUUAACCUUGCUGUAUUAUCAAUGCUUAUGCCAUUCGAGGGUAACUCGCUCAUUUAGUUGUCGUGUUUCCUUCGGUCGGGCACUGGUCCUCAGUCUCUUUGGUUUUUACGAUUUUGAUACUUUUGAAGAUGAUAGGCCAGUUAUUUGACAGAAUGCCCCUCAAUUUGGAUUUGUUUGAGAUUUCCUUGUGAUUAGAUCCAGGUUUUUGUAUUGCUGGCAGGAAGAUCACAAAAGCAAUGCUGGAUCCUAUCAGGCAAAUUGAUUUGUCCUCUAGUGGAGAAUAUUCACUUCAGAACUUGAUUGAGAUGGUGUCUGCUAGGCUUCUCCACUGCAAAGUUACUCUUCUUUCCUUUGUAAUUAACACAUAUUUGUGUGGGGAUGUGCUUUGAGACUAUGUAAAUAUCCUGUUUCUCAUUAGACCUCCAAUUUAUUCAUUUAUUUCCGCUGUGUACUUAAAGGACCCCUGUGUUGUUCAGUGGGCUCUAAUCUGUUAUCACUAUUGCCAUCUAUUCUCACGUGCAUAUUUUUUUAAUUGGCCACGAGGAGCACCUCCCAGCUGGCUUCUGUGCCCUGUUGACACAUUGUGCCCACUUCCUUACUUUCUGAUAGCAGUGUGAUGUUCCUGGCUCAGCUCAUUCUGUACCUUCCCCUUCCCUGGAAUCUGACAUUUCUCCACGGAGCCCUGGUUUCUUUUAGUGGAGAAUAGUAUUGAAAAAACUAACAUCUGGGUACAAGAUGAGUGCAUGGCUAUUGGAGCAUUGCCACUGCUAGAUCCCCUCAGUGGACAGAGGUCAGGAAUGUACACACACACACAUACACAAUGUGUACUCACAUGUACAACAUCUACAUUUCUGUAUCUAUAUUUUUAUAUUAAAAAAAAUCACAAUUUCACACUCAUAUCUGUAAUUUCAAUCCAAUUCUAUGGGGUUGAUUCUAGUUCUCCAUCUCCAUAGUUCUAAUUCCCUUCUUCAACAGUGAGAAAACUGGCUCCCAUUAUCCUCAAUGUACUUACUUAUUUGGCCAAUUCUUCUGUGUGUAACCAGUAUCCCAUCACCACUUCUGACCUCUCACC